ACCUACUUUUCUUAUUUUUUAAUAUACUCUUUAAUAAUCAUCACUUCUACAAUGCCUAAGAAACUCUCUACUUCCAGUAAAAAGGCAAAAGACGUAGCUCAGGACGCCAACGCUGAUCAGCCAAAGCGAUUUAAAGUGACCCUAGCAUGCGUCGUAUGUCGUAAGAAGAAGGUCAAAUGCGAUGGAGUUCAGCCGGCCUGCUCUCGUUGCAACAGCAUGGGCAUCAGUUGCGAGUACACCGAUCCUCCCAGAAAGCGCGGCCCUCCUAAGGGCUAUGUCGAGGUUAUUGAGAACAGAGCACAUCGCAUCGAAUCUUUACUUGGGCGAGGGCAUCUCACAGGUGACCACAACCACCCUGCAUGGAAAAGCGCUAAACUUAUCCAUCGUGCAUCUAUCAGUAAUAACAUGGCUACACCCAACCGCCUUCCACAACGCCAUAGCAUCAGCGCUCCAUCACCACCGGUCACGGGAGCUGAUAUAAUACCAUUCCCAAAUGUUUUGGGAAAGCUUGGUGAAAAUGGGGUGGUUUCAUCGUUGGCUCCUUCGCCUGUCAACACGUUUUUUGAUUUACUGCAAAACGGUGUUCAUCAACUGGCUCAGAGUAAUGCUCCAUCUUCCUCGGAGUGUGAAAUUCUCGCUCCAGAAGUAUCAGAUGCCUUGGUGGACAGCUAUUUCACGCACUUCAACCAAGUAUUUCCAGUAUUGAGCAAGCCUCAUUUUGUAGAUCAGAUGAAGCAAGGACCUUCAUCGGUCGAUCCAUUGUUGUUGAAUGCGGUGUAUGCUACCGGAGCACAGUACUGCCGUGUUACGAAACCAGACAUGCCAGUCAACGCCGAUUUCUUUAUUACCCGGUGUCGAGUUUUACUGGAGGAGAAUAGUGAAGAAGCGACGAUGUCCCGACUUCAGGCAUUGGUCAUUUUGUGCUGGGUCUCAUUUCUAUUAGGUCAGCCACGGAAGUGUCUGAAAUUUCAAGAUCUGGCAUUGGCUUAUAUCAACGAACUCAACAUUUGGCACGAUACAGAAAACGACUCGCAAAGCUCUUCCCAGAUGGAUAUGGAAAUGAGACGGCGCUUGUAUUGGGCUUUGUACAUCAAUGAUAGAUGGGUGGCCACCACUUUGGCUUUACCGUGCAAGAUUAUUGAGCCUUAUACCUCUUGCAAGCUACCCAUAUGCGAAGAUGAUGAGUUGUGGGCUGGAACUCAAAAUUUAAAUUCUGAGACGGAUGCAGAACAGGAACCACUUCAUAAUCAUCAAUCCAAUCAAAUGAUGGCUUUUGCUCAAACCAUCAAGUUAGCUCGUUUAGUCGGCGACAUUAAUCGUCAAUUCUAUUCGCCUACCAGCCGCGGGCCUUGUUCAGCAGCCGUGUUUGCUUCUAUGGAUGCUUCACUGACACACUGGUUACUUAACCUUCCGCGCUUUAUGCAGUAUGAGAAACCAAGCGAUGACACCCCGCCAUCACCCGUAUCCCGACUAUUCCAUAUGCUCUACUACACCGUUCAGAUUUUGUUGCACCGCCCCAAUCAAUCUCUCUCUGCUCAGUUGAAUCCUUCUCAACAAAUGAGUUUGAAUAUCUGUAGCUCUGCCACUAAAAGCAUAACGCAUAUCGGAGAAGAGAUGAUCCGAUACAAUCAAACCGCCUAUCUCUUCAAUACUUUCGUGUUCAGUGUCACCACUGGUUGCUCAGUUCAUUUGGAGGCUCUGUUUGCAGGAAGCUCACAAAAUUCAGUAGCCGCCAAAAUCAACUUGCGACGAAGCUUGCGUGUUUUAGGUGAAUGUAGCCGAAGCUUCAUGUCCUCAGAAAAUCUUGAAAUCUUUGUAUCAAGACUUUUGGAGAGAUGCGAAGUUAGCUUGGAUGAAGAGAAUGAUGGCGAGGAACAACCUGGGCAUGUCUCCAAUGCUGCUAGUGAUCGACGCUUGAGUAUCAAGAGACCCAUGGAAGAUCCACCCAAUAAUCAUCAACCAAAGCGGUCAUCGGUACAUUUGGAAGCCAACCCAGAAUUCAAGCAAAUGGCAGCACGUCGUUAUUCACACCCGCUAUCGGUGGAUCCUUUGCACCAAAUUGCCUUUGGGCACGUCAUGGUGGAUCCUACCUCUCCCGAUGCAGCUACCAUGGUGUCGUCUUCAGGAUGGCCUGCCGAUCCCAACGCGCAACAGUUGUUCACUGAGAUGGAUUUGGAAGCUUUGUUAGGUACACCUAGCACACCCAAUAUGGCGUCCUUUUCUCCAACUUGGUCAUCCUCUGCAGCGUCCACCAUGGAAACGUUGAUGGCAACUGCUGCUCCUGUGACCACCAUGAGUCAAAGUAUGACUGCAUUAUUGGAAGACACUUCCAGUUUCUUCGAUAUGUUGGACGCUCAAAAGUCUUUACCACCAACCGCCAUGCCUAUUAUGGCGACCACCACUGCUCCUGAUGCGCUUCAUAAUUUUUUAUGGAACGGCCCUGGACCUGAGUCGUUGAACUCUCUCUCAUCGUCCCCAACAUCAUCUUCAGGGCCUCAUUCACCUGUCUCUCCUACACUAUCCACGUUUUCUGCCAUGAAUACUCCUCAGGCAAACGCGUUUCAAGGAUACAGCAAACCUGAACUGCAACUCCAGCAUACUCAGCAACAACAACAACAACAGGCACAACAACAACAAGAGCCUCAGCAGGAACCUGCCUUUAGUCUUUAUGACUUUGCAGUACCUCGCGAUUUCUUAUCUGGAGCUAUUUAAAAGUUUGGGACUUUAAAGAACAAGAAUUUCCACUAUCCCCCACAUUGUAAUGCGCAUACCUUUCAUUAUUUUUCAUCCAAAAUCUGUGAUAUUCUUUUUUCGUUGUAUUAUUUGUUCUUCAUUCAUUUUUAGUAACUCGCGCUAUCUUGAAACUGAUAGUAUAUUUUGUAGUCGCCUCGAGGGUUUGCUCAACUUCUCAUCAUCCACAUUGUGCAUAUCUGAAAAUCUUGUAUAAAUCAUGCUUUAUUACUUGUUGCAAAUCGAGAG